UUUCACCUGCGCUUGAUUUAAGUUUAACGAAGCAUGUUUAAUUGUGCAUCAGUCUGAAAACUGAUCACCAUAGAAAAUGUCGUCAGCGACGAACGAUAUCUCUCUGCUGUUCAUUGUGAUAUUACUGAGAAAUCAUUUCCCAGACGUACAAGCAUCAAAAAUUUAUGCUUUAGACGUCCCACUUGUAAUACGCAAUGGAAGUGGCCCGAUUGAUUUGUCUUGCAUUUACAACGUUAAAGAACACGAGAACGGUCUCGUGGUGAAGUGGUAUCAUAACACGGAUCAGAUCUAUCAGUGGAUACCGCCAAUGCCGCCACAGGACGUAGGAGUCAUAAGUGGUUUCGCCGAAUAUCCUGAAGAAUAUUUAAGACAUCCUAAUUCGCGAUCGAUCAUACGUUUGAAAAUGGCAACGCUCGAAAUGAGAGGCGAUUAUACCUGCGCGAUCAGCACCUUUCAAGAAGAAGACGCGAGAAGAACGAGGAUGACUGUUUACGAGCCGGAAAGUAACGCGACGAUUCACGUCUCUUCGUUCAACGAGAGUCAUAUGAACGUAACGUGCGUCGUAAAUGGAGCACAGCCGCGACCGAUGUUAAAGAUUUACGUGGAGGGCAUGGAAGUGAACAACUAUUACGAUAAAUCGGUGAAAAUCAUAGGAUAUCAAGAUACGUUCUCUACGAAACGAAGCGCGAUCAUGAGCAACGCUCUGGAACCUUUACUAUUAGAAUGCGAAAUUUCUAUCCCGUACACGGAUUACAAACGAAGAGAGAAGAUCGUUUAUUAUCCUACUCAAAUGCUGUCCCAGACGAGUGGUGCGUCAAGAAAUCGAGAUCGCGCUAUCGGUAUUAUCGUUCUUUUCUGUAUUCGUGAAGUGUUAAGGAAAUAAGGAAGAAUAAAACUCACGUUUCAUCAUAAA